UAGAAGCCAACGGAACGGAACUACAAUAAGCGGGAGUCAACAACUACAAUUCAUCGACAAAAAUGUUGCUAAAAGCCUUCAGUUUGCUGCUAUUAUGCAGUGUUGCCUUGGCAGCCGAUAGCUACGAUGGCUACAAAAUCUAUGAUAUUAUUGCGAGUAAUGCAUUUGAGAAGCAAAUCUUGCUACGUCUGUCCAAUAAUAUGGACUAUGAUUUCUUCGAUAUGCCACGCGCCUUUGAUGCGGCCAGUCGUGUCAUGGUACAGCCCAAGGAUCAAGCUGAAUUCGAGCUACUUUUGCAGAAAUUCAAUCUUGAAUAUGCUGUGAUCAAUGACAACUUGGGUGACUCGUUGAGACAAGAGCAAUUGGAGAAUCAGAGUCAACGUUUGCUCUCCCAACGUUCAGCAUCGCGUAGCAUUAGCUUCACGGCAUUCCAUCGUCAUGCCGAGAUCAAUGCCUAUCUGGAUGAACUGGCCAAGGCUUAUCCCAGCCGUGUCACUGUCACCACACCCGGACAAUCGUAUGAGAAUCGUGAUCUUAAAUUGAUAACCAUCACCAAUGGCGAUGGCAAGACCGGAAAGAAAGUCAUCUUCUUGGAUGCUGGUAUACAUGCUCGUGAAUGGAUCGCACCGGCUGAAGCUCUCUAUGUGAUCUAUCAAUUGGUUGAGAAUUUCGCUGCCAAUUCGGCUCUGCUUAAGGAUUACGAUUGGGUCAUUCUGCCAGUGGUUAAUCCCGAUGGCUAUGAAUAUACUCACACCAGUACCCGUAUGUGGCGUAAGACUCGUAAACCAGUUAGCUCCUCCUGCUAUGGCACCGAUGCCAAUCGUAACUUUGACUAUCACUGGGGUGAGGUUGGCGCCUCUAGCUAUUCCUGUGCCGAUACUUUCAAGGGUGAAACUGCCUUCUCUGAGCCAGAGACUCAACUUGUACGCGAUCUGCUUCUUGGCUAUAAGGGACGUGGCAAAUUCUAUCUGACUCUGCACUCGUAUGGCAAUUAUCUGCUCUAUCCAUAUGGCUGGACCUCUGCUCUGCCUACCACUUGGCGCGAUAUUGAUGCGGUGGCUCAAGCUGGCGCUGAUGCUAUCAAGAGUGGAACUGGCACCAAAUACACUGUGGGCAGCUCCACCAAUGUUCUAUAUGCCGCUGCCGGUGGCAGUGAUGAUUAUGCCUUCGCUGUGGCUGAAUUCCCCAUCUCUAUUACCAUGGAAUUGCCAGCUGGUGGCACUGGAUUCGAUCCAACUACCGCUCAAAUUUUGCCUUAUGUCUCUGAGACAUGGUUGGGCAUCAAAGCCAUGGCCCAAAAGGUUAUUGAGGAGUUCUAAACGGCGGGUGCAAUAAACUCAAACGAUAUUUUUUUGUAUAUUCACUGGAA